CAGAAACAUUAGUCCAAAAGUGCAUCUCAGCCAUGGUAGAUCUCGACCUCUCAAUAUCAUUCCUCUUCUGCCUUCUUCCAUUACUACUGCUCUUGUUCUUCGUCAACUCUAAAUCCCUUUUCACUAGCUUCUUCUCAUCCAAUUCCACUACGCUCCCCAAAUCAUACCCAGUGAUCGGAUCAUAUUUCGCAAUCUUGGCGAACAAAGACCGGGGAAUCCAAUGGAUCACAGACGUAGUUACAAGCACACCCACUUCCACCUUCGUCCUCCACGGACCUUUUGGUAAGCGCCAAGUCUUCACAGCAAACCCCUCCAAUGUCCAACACAUCCUCAAGACCCAUUUCCAUGUCUACCAGAAAGGCGAAGUUUCUCGAAGAACUCUCAAGGACUUGCUCGGCGACGGUAUCUUCAACGUCAACGGCGACACCUGGAAGUUUCAGAGACAUGUCGCAAGUCAGGAAUUCAACACCAAGUGUCUUCGUAAAUUCGUCGAAACUGUUGUAGAUACUGAGCUCUCCGAUUGCCUUAUUCCGAUCCUCUCCCUCGCCGCUUCUAACAAAACUGUUCUUGAUUUUCAAGACCUACUCCAAAGAUUUGCGUUCGACAACAUAUGUAGGAUUGCUUUUGGGUACGAUCCUGCUUGCUUGUUACCAUCUCUUCCCCAGUCGAAGUUCGCCGAUGCUUUUGAUGAAGCGGUUCAGUUCAGUGCUGAGAGAGGCAGUGCACUUCUUCCUUUAAUCUGGAAAAUGAAAAAAUUCUUCAAUAUUGGAUCUGAAAAGAGACUUAGAAUGGCUGUAAACAAAACUCGUGAAUUUGCUAAAGAAAUUAUCAAAGAGAAGAAACAAGAACUCAACAAAAAAUCGUCACUGGAUUCUGUUGAUCUUUUAUCAAGAUUCUUGAGUUCUGGUCACUCCGAAGUUUUUGUCGCCGAUAUUGUCGUGAGCUUUAUAUUGGCGGGCCGUGACACUACAUCAAUGGCUUUGACAUGGUUCUUCUGGUUGCUCUACAACCACCCAGAUGUCGAACAUGAGAUUCUUAGAGAGAUCGGAGAGAUAUCAGAAGAGUCAGUUUAUGAUGAAGUGAAAGACAUGGUUUAUACACAUGCUUCGCUAUGUGAAAGCAUGAGGCUGUACCCACCGGUUCCUCUGGAUUCAAAAGAAGCUACAGAAGAUGACAAUUUGCCAGAUGGAACUGCAGUGAAGAAGGGUACGGAGGUGGCUUACCAUCCCUAUGCAAUGGGGAGGAUGGAGAAGUUGUGGGGCCCAGACUGGGCUGAGUUCCGUCCCAAGAGGUGGUUGGAAAGAGACACGACCACCGGAAAGUGGAGCUUUGUGGCGAGGGAUCCGUAUAUGUAUCCGGUGUUUCAGGCGGGGCCAAGGAUUUGUUUAGGGAAGGAGAUGGCUUUCUUGCAGAUGAAGAGGGUGGUUGCUGGUGUCUUGCGGCAGUAUAGGGUGGUUCCGGUGGUGGAGGAAGGUGAUGGGCCUGUUUUCCUGUCGCCCUUGUCCAUGAAGAUGAAAGGAGGUUUGCCAGUGAGAAUUGAGGAAAGGGGGGAGAAGUUUUAAAUUAUGUUUGCUUAAUCGUAUUGAUGGUGUCAAGGUAAGGGUAAUAUUAUUUGGACUUAAAAAUUUGAUCUAAUUUAAUGGUAUAAUGUCAUUAUGUAUUGUCAAACUUAUUACCGAAUUGUAGAUUGUCGAUCUAACUUCUGC